CGUCAGACUACAAGAUCGCCAAUCCACUCACUCUCAAACAGCGCACCCUGUUCGAAUACACUUGCUAAUAUCCAAUGCAACCGCGAAUGUCAAGAUGUCAACGCCGUACGCCAAACGCCGCCGGUUGAACGAAGCUACGAAGACGCUCCACAAGCCGUUCAAGUCACCAUUCAAGACACCUUCGAAGUCUGUCACAAGUUCUGACCCGCCUUCGUCAGAUCCUUCGGAUCUUGUCAUACCUGAUCCGGCAUAUGUGUUUCCUGUACUGAACACUGCGCGUAGCAAUGACGUGCAACCAUUACCCACACCCGCACGGCCUGAAGAAUCGCCUGCAACACCAGCACCUCCAACCGCACGUACAUCAAGAUCGCUUGUAUCACGUUCUAUAACCUCUACGCCCUCACGAUCUUUACCUAAGAAGACGCCCUCGAAACCCUCACUCACACGCGAGAUUGUACAGCUCCGUAGCGACAUUCAAAUCCUCUCACAAGCAGAACGGCUUGCUACAUCCACAGAAGAUGACAACCUGAUAGUUUUGAUUGACAAGUGGCGAACAGCAAGUCGAGCUGCUGCGGAGGAGCUGUUUGGUAGUACACGGGACAGGGUCAAUCGGAUGGGGGGUGUAGGUGCCUGGAAAGAACGCGAGAAGGAAGCUCAAGAGAGGACGCAGAAGUGGGAUCAGGAAGAGCGGCAGGCACAGGUAGAGGCUGAGAGGGAGAGACUGGAGGAAGCGAAAGAGAAAGGAGAGGUUGUGGACGAGGCGUAUGAUAAGUAUGCGGAUAUGACGGAAGACAAAGUCGAGGAGGAGGAGGAAAAGUACAAGGUUGCUGACGACGAUGUGAGUCAGGACUCACUGGGUGACUGGUCGAGAGAUGCUAAUGGGAAGCAGUCGUUCACGAUGGAUAUGAUGCUUAAGACUCUUAACAUUGAUCUGGGGCUUAUCGGCUACAGCAAGGAAGCACAGAGAUGGGACGGAUGAGAAUCUAUCUCGAGCAGAGGAAUAGAAACACGAGAGAUUCAUGGUCGCAUCAUGGUAUUGCCAAUGGCUAUGAAGACGACCCAGGCACAUCUAGGAGUUGUUGAUACGACACGACCGUAUGAUAAAACAAGAUAAUACUAAGAAACAUAUGUAAAGAUACCUAGCUUAUGGAUACUUCUUAUUGCCUC